CAAAUGCAAGCAUCACUGAUGCAAUCAGGAGUUGGCCACUGAUUUUAGGAAGCUCCGCUAGUAAAUUGGAAUUGAUGGUGGACAGCUUUGAUGAGCUUGGUGUUCGAAGCAAGAAGUUGGGUCAGGUGAUUGCCACAAGUCCUCAGUUAUUACUCCAGAGACCUCAAGAAUUUCUUCAGGUCGUUUCAUACUUGGAAGAGAUAGGGUUCGAUAAAGAAAGUGUUGGCAGGAUACUUGCUCGUUGUCCAGAGAUAUUUGCAACUAGUGUUGAGAAAACACUGAGGAGGAAGCUUGAAUUUCUAAUCAGUAUUGGUGUUUCCAAGACUCAUCUACCUCGGGCAAUUAGAAAAUAUCCCGAGCUUCUCGUGUCUGACCCUGACAGAACUUUAUUCCCACGUAUAAGGUACCUGAGGCAGAGAGGGCUCUCAAAGAGGGAUAUUGCCUUCAUGGUUGGUAGAUUCUCUCCUCUACUGGGGUAUAGUAUAGAGGAAGUAUUGAAACCCAAGCUAGAUUUCCUUGUAAACGUCAUGGAGAAGCCAAUAAAGGAAGUGGUUGAGUAUCCAAGGUAUUUUAGCUAUUCAUUGGAAAAGAAGAUAACUCCAAGGUUCCGGGUGUUAAAGGAGAGGAAUAUAGAAUGCAAUCUAAAGGAUAUGUUGGGUAAAAAUGAUGAGGAGUUUGCUGUUAUGUUUAUGGGCGACAAAGGAACGUAAUAUUAUUUAAGUUCUUCACCCACUGAAGUGUAAGAAAUUUUGUCUCUAGUCAUAAAGUUGUGUAAAUAAUCUCCUACCUUUUUAGGAAACUAUUUGUAGAUUAUACAGUCAAAUGGCCAAGCCAGUUUCAAUUUUUGGGUUCUAAUAGGGAGGGAUCUAGGCUGGAUCCAUGUGGAACUUA